AUGAGCGCAUCAGUGUUAUCGCAGCAGGCGCGUGAUGAGCGUGAUUUACGUGUUCCAUCCAGCACACCGCCUCCACUGCCAGAAGAAGAAGAGCCUCCAUUGCCAGACGAGGAGGAGCCCGUGUUGGAACAAUCAGAGAGCGCAGGGAGCUCAGAAAAUCCCCAGCAAUCCCACCAACCCCAUCCUCAAAUCUUACACGGAAAGAACGGCUGGUCAGCCAUCUACGAGCCAAAUUCAUCGCAAUACUACUACUACAAUCAAUCUACGGGCGCAACGACCUGGCAAAAUCCAUUCUCUAAUAUAAAUCCACAACAUGACUCAAUCAAUACAAACAAACGCGAAUUCUAUCAUGAAGAAGAUGACGCGAUUGAUCCCGAGUUGGCCCAUUUGAUGCCCUCAUCCAGUACUGAUCCUGCUGGGUUUGUCCAGGCAAAGUUCAACGCUCGCACCGGUCAGUUCAACAGCAAAAGUUGGCAGACACCCGAGCACGUCUCCGCAAUCAACAAGUCCAGGCGGCAACAAGCUGCUUUCUUUGAUCUCGAUGCUUUCGAGAGGCAGAGAAACGACGACCAUAUGGCGAAAAAGGCUAAAAUUGAUGAGUUGGGUAAGGACAGUGUCAAGCCUAAGCUCUCAAAGGAUCAAGUCAAGAUGUAUAAGGAACAGAAAGCAGCCAAGAGGUACAAAACCAAAACCGACUGGCUUGUGAAUGACGAUAAGUAG